GAAUCUCAUUUAUAGCUGGCUCUGUGAUUUCGUGCGUUAGCGAAUCAUGGCUGUGCGAUGGCUGACGUGAAUUCGCGAACCAUGCGCUGGCUGCAAGGCCAUUUCUGCCGCAAGCGUGACCAAAUUUAGGCAGACCAAAGUCUCUGCGAAACGUGGCAAUGACCGUUCACUGCUUGAACCGCAACAAGAAUCUCGUGAACAAACUCGCCGGUCUCGUAGCGGCCCAGCACGAGGCACGUAGGAGUCAUGGAACGGGGCUCUGGCUAGCAGGAGUCAUGCAACUUGCCAGCAUGCGCUGCGCGUCGCAAUCCGCGAAAGCUCGGGUCGACGAUGCAGCGACUGAGGCGAGCUCGCUAUACGCAAGGCUGAACGAGCUUGCGCUCAACGGACCUUUGUCGCAUCCCACCCCGCCCGAAGUGCCAGAGCAGCAUUCAAGUCCAGAGCCUUGCGGCGACUCGUUUAUUAAUCGACUCAAAAGCAGUUCCGAGCCUUGCGGCGACUAGAUCUUGGCUUGCAUUAAAUCUCUUCAUUCGGAUUCGGAAACGCGGCUAGCCUUGGUAACUGCGCUUCAAGCGCAAUGGACGCCACUCCUGUUUGCCCCAUCCCCGCUAUUGACUGGCGCACUGUUCGACACGAGGAGAUUAUCCACUUAGCGCAGCACGGCGUCAUUGCCACGGACGUGUCCGCCGACCACCACAUCCGCAACGAGAACGAGAUGCGCCGCCGUCGCCGCCACCGCCUCCGCCGCAUGGCCCACGAGGCCAGCGAGGAGCUCGCGCGCGCGGUGGCGGAGUGGCGCAGCCAGAGCUUCCGCCACCCGGAUCCGCAAGCUGUGGCGGUGCUGGCGGCGGAGACAGCGCGCAGCCGCGGAUGGUGGGCGGAAAGGUAUGAGUGCAGCCUCAGCUGCGGGGACCUGGGGGAGCGCGGAGCGGCAGACAGCUGCAGUGACGAGGGGGAGUGCGGGGCGCAAGAAAGCAGCCUUGGGUGCAGCGACGUGGACGGAUCUGGGCGCGAAAACGGCCCUGGUGAGACAGGAGUGAGCGGAUCUGGCGCUCAGCCUCGGAGUAGUGAACAGGCGCCAUGUUCCCCUUCAGGUGCCUCCUCAGGUGCCUUAGGUGCCUCGUCAGGUGCCUCGCCAGGUGCCUCAUCAGGUGCCUCGUGCAGACGUGGGCAUGGGCGUGUUGUAAGCGUGGGCGCGUUACCAGAGCUGUGCCCCUUUCCGCCUGUGGACUGGCGCUCUCUGCUGCCCGCUGCCCCCGCUGCCCCCUCACACUGCCAAGCUCCCUGCUGCACGGCCCCUCUCAGUGUCGCCACAUCGCCCGCAUUCUCCGCCAUCUCGCCUUCCUCUGUCACUCCCUCUCCCUCACUCUCACUCUCCACGUUCGGUUCCUCCCCGCUGUCAGUCUCGAGGCUCGGUUCCUCCCAUCCCUCACCGCCCGCCUUGGGGUUCGUCCUCUCCUCCCCAGGCAGCACUCAUCCGCUUCGCCCACGGAGGUCCAUCAGGGGCAGUGGGGCCCAUGGCAGCGACUGUUACACUCCAGCCGAUGCCUGCCACUCUGUUACAGCCCACUCCCGAUCCAGUAAUGUGCUGAAGAAUGGCGCUGACAGCACCAACGGAGCUGAUGGCACCAACAGAGCUAAUGGCACCAACGGAGCCGAGACUGCAGCAGUCGCCACUGACAGCCUGGCAGCAAGCGCUGUUGCAGCCACUGGGGUAGUGGGAGGAGACGGUUCCGUGCGACCCGUGAGCAAGUCUGGGGAGGUGGGGAGGAGAGCCGCAGAGCAGAGGCCAGGCGACUCGGGAAGCAGGGAAAGGAGCCGGUCGUCAUCACACAGAGCAAAAGGGGGGUGGGUGCUGCUGCCCGUGCCUGCUGCACUUCACACUUGUUUUCUCAAGGUCAAUCCGUAAUACCGUGUGUUACCAGCUCAGGCAGAUUCGUGCCACGAUGGUGUACUUAUAAGCACUGCAUUGUGCUGCAUUGUACGUCUAGUUUGAUGCAUGUCUAAUUUGCAUGCCUCGUGUACCUCUGCCACUCUGUCGAACA